AUGACCGUUGACGACCCGAGUAAUACCCCGGCUCCCUUCUCGUACGAUGCCGGUGAUGCUGGGGGUCGAUCGCGCCUAGCUGUCCCGUCCGGACAAGUGGCUUCCAGCACUGGUCAUCAGCGUGCUGAAAAUCGGCUGUCCGGCUCGACAUCAUGGCGCGCGUCACGUAACCUCAAGCUGGGGGAGCAAUUCAAGGGUGGUCGGCACGGCGGCAAGAGGAUCGCAGACACGGUCGGCGCAGGCAGCGACGACUCCGCCAACGUCGGUCUCCACAGCCUCAGGACCGGUGGACAAAAGAGUCUUGCCGAAGUCUGGGCCGCAGGCAAGUCGUGGAAACAGGCUUCCGAAAACAAGGGUAAUAUAUACACUUUGUCUUGUUACCGAUAUACUAUGUACCUAAGUUCUAAUAUGCACCCAGAGUCAGAGUUUGAACCAGAUACAUACUCCGAGAGCAACGUUUGUGAAGAUACUUCGGUACCUCCGGAAAAACAGUUGUUCGCGGGCCUCUGCUUCUAUCUCAAUGGCUCGACUGCUCCCCUUGUCUCAGAUCACAAGUUGAAGCAAAUACUCGCCACACACGGCGCCACACACUCUAUCACCUUGGGCCGACGGACAGUCACACAUGUGAUUCUCGGCACGGUAAACGAAAGAGGAGGAGCAGGCGGUGGUUUUGCUGCAACCAAGCUUCAAAAAGAGAUUGUCAAGAUUGGUGGCAAGACCGUCAAGUUCAUCAAUGCCGACUGGUAG